CUGCCUGCGCUCCAGAGGCCGGGGAGAGUGUGGGAGAGUGUGAGAGAGAGGGGCCGAGAGAUGGCAGAGCGCCGGGUGUCCAGGUGGUAUUUUGGGGGUUUAGCCUCCUGCGGGGCAGCAUGCUGCACCCACCCCCUCGACUUAAUCAAGGUUCACUUGCAGACGCAGCAGGAGGUGAAGAUGCGAAUGACUGGAAUGGCAAUCAGUGUCAUAAGGAAUGAUGGAUUUUUGGCAUUAUAUAAUGGUUUAAGCGCCUCAUUGUUUAGACAGAUCACCUACUCACUAACGCGUUUUGCAAUCUAUGAGACUGCAAGAGAUCGCCUGAUGCAGGACAAUAAGGCACCACUGCCAUUUUAUCAGAAGGUGCUUCUGGGAGCAGUUGGGGGUUUCACUGGUGGAUUUAUAGGAACCCCGGCAGACAUGGUUAAUGUCAGGAUGCAGAAUGACGUGAAGCUGCCAGCACAUCUAAGACGCAAUUAUGCUCACGCCUUGGACGGCAUGUUUAGAGUCAUCAGAGAAGAGGGAUUCAGAAAGCUCUUCUCAGGGGCCACUAUGGCAUCAAGUAGAGGAGCUUUGGUGACAGUGGGGCAGUUGGCUUGCUAUGAUCAAGCAAAGCAGCUGGUUCUAAACACUGGAUUCCUGUCUGAUAAUAUAUUUACCCAUUUUCUGGCCAGCUCCAUUGCGGGAGGAUGUGCCACAUUUCUAUGUCAGCCCCUCGAUGUUUUGAAAACACGUUUAAUGAAUGCUAAGGGGGAGUACCGGGGGGUUGUUCACUGCACUUUGGAAACUGCAAAACUGGGACCACUUGCCUUCUAUAAGGGCUUAGUACCAGCCGGGAUCAGGCUUAUUCCUCACACUGUUUUGACCUUUGUGUUUCUGGAACAGCUUAGGAAAUAUUUUGGGGUCAAGGUCCCAGCUUAAUACUGGAGGAUGGGAGGUUCAGAAUGCCUCUACUUUAUUUUGCAUCAACCAAACAGUAUAUGUUUAUGUAUGUUUUAUGUUAGGACCACCUUAACCCCUCAUAAAUACUGCCAUUUUGGGGGGAUUGGUUAGUACUGUGUAGAAAUAGGGACUUUUUUAUUUUGUGCCAAAUAUAUAGUCCAUGAGGUUUGUUCUAGGUCCCAUGUCUCAUUUAUUUCCCUUUUGAACCAAAUACCGGCACCCAAAUAUAAUUGCAGAAAAAACAUCUAAGGGCGAUACUUGACUUUCUGCUACCUCUGGGCAAAGCUGGUGGCAAUGUAACCCCGGGGUUAGAUACUCCACAUGCACUUCCAUUAGAUGUAAUAGGGGGGGCCUUGGUCUGCCAGCCUGCUGUUGGGGGUGAACAUGAAAUAAUGUUUCUUAAUAUUAAUUAUUCUGCUGAUUAUAUUAAAAAAUCACUGACCUAUUAAUUUAGAGCAUUUAGUAAUAAUCUAGGGAGUUUCUCAGAAAGGCAAAUAAGAUUCUUGAAAAAAAAGAACACUGUUUAAUAAUGUGAAAAUCUUGUCUAUGUGACUGUAAUAUAAUAAAUGAACAGAUUUUUUCAUGAA